GGUCCGACAUGCAAGUACACGAUUAUAUAAGUGCUGUAUUUUGCAGAGAAAUAUGGUCUGUGUACUUUAGUAAAAUAAUUGAUGAAGCGGUUCAUUAAAGGGCUCAGACAGUACGGCAAGAACUUCUUCAAGAUUCGGAAAGAGCUGCUACCCAACAAGGAAACGGGUGAGUUGAUAACCUUCUACUACUACUGGAAGAAGACUCCUGAGGCAGCGUCGUCCAGGGCCCACCGUAGACACCGUCGCCAGCCUGUGUUCCGACGCAUCAAGACACGCACCGCCUCAACCCCCGUCAACAUCCCAUCUGACCACCUCUCUCAGAGUUCUGUCAAGAUAGGACACUAA